GAAACGGCGUCGUAGUUCGAUGGCUUUACUUUGGUGAGUCGUCUUCUUCCUCCUCUAAACCCUGAGAAGUGAGAACCCAAACCCAUUUACCCACCGCGCUGCAAAAGAAUAUGGUCGGGAGGCGAAGAUGAGCAAGAAGCAAUGGCUGCCUCGGCUCUCAAGUGCCCUUUCACGGGCCUACUGUUCCUCGUCUGCUUCUUCCUCCUCAUCGUCGACUUCGUUCCCUCUCAAACAUGUGACGAAGUCCAACUUCGAAUCCGCGCUCGCCGAGCUCAGAACCCAUGUCCGCGCCGCCGAUUUCGUCGCCAUCGAUUUAGAGAUGACCGGCGUCAUCAGUGCGCCAUGGAGGGAGUCCUUCGAGUUCGACCGCUUCGAUGUUAGGUACCUCAAGGUCAAGGAUUCCGUCGAGAAGUUCGCUGUCGUUCAAUUCGGCGUUUGCCCCUUCCGUUGGGACUCUCAACGGCAAUCCUUCAUAGCUCACCCGCAUAAUUUCUUUGUAUUUCCACGCGAAGAGCUUCUCUCUGGUGGCCCUUCCCAUGAGUUCCUCUGCCAGACAUCAUCCUUGGAGUUCUUGUCCAAGUAUCAGUUCGAUUUCAAUACAUGUAUUCGUGAAGGGAUAUCUUAUUUGUCCAGAGGACAAGAAGACGAAGCAUUGCGUCGCUUGACUCUCCAUGAUAAGAGGUUAUCAGAAUUGUCGAAUAACUCUGAAGAUGGGGAAGGCACACCGUUGCCUAAUUUUACUGAUGUUCUAUUCAUCAACCGAAUGAAAGAUAAAUUGAGCAAGUGGCGUUCUGGUUUAUUACAGACCACUAAAAAUGAUACUUCCCAGUGCCAUGACACCUCAACAGAUUCGAAGCAACAGUUUCAGACUGUUUUCUUUAAGAUGCGCCCAGCUGUCUCUCUGAGUGGUUUCACCUCUCAUCAACUUAAUUUGACCCGGAUGGUUACCAAGCAACAUUUCAAUGAUCUUGUUUACAUUCGUGUCUGUGGUGAAAACUCUUGGUCCGAACAACUUGUUGUGUAUACAGACGCAGAGAGUGACAAGGCCUUAUUACUGACAGAGGUGAAGAACGAAUACCAUAGAGAUGCAGAGAAGAAGAUCAAAGCUGCAAUUGGGUUUCGCCAUGUUAUAGACCUUCUUUCUUCUGAGAAAAAGUUUAUUGUCGGUCAUAAUUGCUUCUUGGAUAUUGCACAUGUAUACAGUAAGUUCUUGGGUCCUCUCCCUAGCACAGCUGAAGAGUUUGUUUCAUCAUUGAACAAGCAUUUUCCUUGCAUUGUUGACACCAAAAUUCUCUUGAAUUCAAGUCACUUACUGCAAAAAAGGAUGAAAAAAGCAAGCACAUCGCUCUCCUCGGCCUAUCUUUUACUUUGUCGACAGAUCACUUUGGGCGUCGAUAACGGAUCCAACUCGGGUUCUUGUCCAAGUGUGAAAGUGGAGGUGGAAAUGGACGAUACAAGGUCCACAGACUGGAAUUCAGGAGCCAAACAUGAAGCAGGAUAUGAUGCUUUCAUGACCGGUUGCAUCUUUGCACAGGCAUGCCAGCAUCUCGGUAUUGAUUUUAACCAACAUUCACCUUCUCCACUGAACUUGGCCCUCAACGAGAACCUCGAGAAGCACAUCAAUCGCCUCUACUUGAGCUGGAUCAAUAGCAACAUCAUCGACCUAGUCACCGGAAAACAGAUAGAUCCUGUUGGAUCUAAUAGCAGACCGAGCAAGCGAUUCUCGAAGAUUGUGUUUGAGAAUGUUGUUCUGAUAUGGAGGUUCCCAUCCAAGCUCAAGGCAAGGGAGAUCAAGGAGUGCAUAUGCAAAGUCUUUGGUCCAACCUCGGUUGCAUCAGUCUUUCGAGUGGAUGAAAGUGCAGUCCUGGUUCACUUCAGCAAGCCGGAGUUUGUUUCUGACUUCCUACUUCUGAAAGAGACAUUGGAAGGGAGCAACGAUGUGAUAUCCGCGGUGCAUCCCCUGUCGGUGAUUCUGGAUGGAGGGAAGACUUGCGCUGCAGAUUAUGAGACGUAUAAAGAUAUAUGCAGGUCACCGGUUUCCAGGGCUCUCCUUGCCGAUUCAGCAGAUGAUGUUGUUGGGUUGGGAUGGAGGAGGAAGAAGACCAUGGAUUUGGUAGGCGAGGGACACCGUGGGGAUGAAGGAAGAACAAGUGUCGAUGAGGAAGAAGAAUACGAGUCGAGUGCAAAGCAAAUUCUUCACUUCCAACCAAAACAGGAAAGAUCGAGCACGAAAAUGGCAGCUUCAGUUAUCCGCUUCUACCGCCUCUUCGCCGUUCUCAUCUCCAUCUUCUUCCUCUUCUCUACCCUCUCCACCACCCCUGUUUCUUCUCUGCAGUUUCAAGUCGGCGGCAGCAGAGGCUGGGCGGAACCACCCGCCGACGGCGACAACUACUACGACCAAUGGGCUACAAACAACAGGUUUCACGUCGGCGACUGGCUCAAUUUCGUUUACAGGGGUAAUGAAUCCGACUCGGUGCUGCUCGUGAACUCAACCGCCUACUCCAACUGCAUUGUUUCCGACCCAAUUCUCCAACUGAACGGCGGCGGAGGAAAUGCCACAUUCCAGUUUGAUCGCCCGGGGCUGUUCUACUUCAUCAGCGGCAAGGCCGGAAGCUGCAUUGCCGGCCAGAAGCUAGUGGUUCGAGUCAUGGCAGAGAAGGAAAAGGAUGAAGGAGCACACCACGAUCACGAUUACGGGCCGAGCCCUGCGCCGGGUGUGAACAACAACAGCGAUCUAGUCUGGGACUGGCCGCCGGCCGUGAAUUCAACCGUCAAGAUGACCAUCGCCUCUUACUUCAUCACUGCUCUCGCUGGCGUCCUAGUUAUUCUCUACUUGCUGAUGUAGUAACAAUUAAUUAGUAGCUGUCUUUUUCACUGAUUACCUGUUCAACUGCGUCAAGAUCCACACUUGAACAGUCUGGAUUCAUAUGCUUUUUCAUAUAUCAUUAUCAGCAAA